AUGCUGAAAGAGACGGGUGAGAAAUACCCACCACCAGAUAAUUGCCAACACCUCAUAACCGUAAUGGUUAAUGAGGAAAUAUGGGACUUGUUGUCGAAGAAAAGCAGAACAGUUGACCUUGGAUUUCAGAAAGUUCAAGGGCCCUUUAUGCAAGAGUUGUCAACUCUAACUAUCCUGGCCAAUAGGCUGUUAAAGGAUGUUAAAAAUAACAAAAACACCAACAUUUGUGAUGUCUUGCAACAACUUAUGGAUGGCAUUGUCCUACUAGGAAAUGCAAACUGGAACUUAAUCAUGAAGAGGCAAGAGUUCAUCAAAUCUGAUUUGAACCCUCCCUACACAUGA